UUUUACCACUAGUCGGGUUGGGUCGAUUGCUAUCAUGCUGAGUUCUAUGAAUUUAUGUUCGAAAGGUUUUAGUAGGUAGUGAGUUUUUUUUCUUGCUUUAGAGGGUGCAAUCAGUGCUUCCUAACUCCUGUCUGUUUCACAAGCCAACUUCAAAGGUUUCAUCUUUGCACCCUAUAUCUUCUUUGGGAGAAAUCAUGUUUUUCCCCUCUCUCCCCCCACUUUUCCUUUUUUUUUUAAUUUUAUUUUUUACAGUUGAGCCUCAUCUUUCCUUCUCCCUAGCUUCUUACCCAGAAUUUUACUUUUCAUUUUUCUUUGGGAGAUAAAGAUAAUAAUGGGGAUGAUGUGAAGUUGUGUUUUUUCAUUUUCUUUUCCCCUUCGAUUUCUGGCAUGUGAAAUGUUAGCUAGUUUCAAUCUGUGAGGAAUUGAACCACACUCCCUCAAUAGAAAUAAAGUUAAUUGUAGAUUUCAGUUACAUUGAUAGAGUAGUUAGCGUUAUUUGGGAAUGAAUCUUACUAUUGAAUGAUAUUUUUUGUGGGCUGGUUUUAUUCUUGCUGCUACUCAUUACAAUUUAUGCACAAAACAGCUUGAAUUUUUCCAUGGGUAGAGGAUCUAGAGGAUAUGGUGGUUUGUAUUUGAUCCUAUAGCAAUGAAAUGUGCUUGAACAUUUUGAAAUUUUGUCCAUGAAACAACAUUGUUGCAGUAAUUGCUGUGUUAUUUUAUAACCAAUGUCUCGAAGAUAUGAUAGCCGCACAACGAUCUUCUCCCCUGAAGGUCGUCUUUACCAAGUUGAAUAUGCAAUGGAGGCUAUUGGCAAUGCAGGAACCGCAAUUGGGAUACUGUCAAAAGAUGGUGUAGUUCUAGUUGGUGAGAAGAAAGUCACCUCCAAGCUUCUACAAACAUCGACAUCAACUGAGAAGAUGUACAAAGUUGAUGAUCAUGUAGCAUGUGCUGUGGCUGGAAUAAUGUCUGAUGCUAAUAUACUCAUCAAUACAGCUAGGGUUCAAGCCCAACGCUAUACUUAUGCGUACCAAGAACCAAUGCCAGUUGAACAGCUUGUCCAAUCUCUCUGUGAUACCAAACAAGGCUACACACAGUUUGGUGGGCUUCGUCCAUUUGGUGUUUCUUUUCUUUUUGCAGGUUGGGAUAAAAAUUUUGGAUUCCAGCUAUACAUGAGUGACCCAAGUGGAAAUUAUGGUGGUUGGAAGGCUGCUGCAAUUGGGGCAAACAACCAGGCAGCACAGUCUAUGCUUAAGCAGGACUACAAGGAUGAUAUUACCAGAGAAGAGGCUGUCCAGCUCGCACUGAAGGUGCUCAGCAAGACAAUGGAUAGUACAAGUCUUACUUCAGAAAAACUUGAAUUGGCUGAGGUCUUCCUCUUGCCUUCUGGAAAAGUGAAAUACCAAGUAUGCUCACCAGAUUCCCUGAGCAAUCUGCUUGUGAAGUUUGGAGUGACCCAACCUGCUGCCGAGGCCUCUUAAGUAUGUAUUUUGACUUAAAUAUGAGUAUCAGGACUAAUAUGGAAGGUGUUUACAAGCUAAAUUGUGUUUUGGGCAUGACCAGGACGCAUGAGAGGUUCUCAUUUCAACACUUUUGCAAUUUCAGUACUUAUUUAAUGAGCUCUUUGAUACUGGAUGGUUAGAUCUAAAUGGAGUUUUCAUUUGAAUAUUCACUGUUGGAAAUAGAUGUCAAUCAGAUCUCUUU